AUGGACAAGCACCGGGGCGAGCGGAGGCGGCAUAGGAACGCUUAUCGGACGCUAUCCGUGUUAGAUGGUCGUCCGACGUCACAUGCCAGACGACAGAUUCUCAGAACGGAAGCUGGUCGCGAGCGAAUCACCGUUGGCUCGGCAUCUCCGUGUUUUGAUAUCCAGAUCUGCGACCAUCUUUCAACCUCGCGAGGAAUUCUGAGGCCGGAGCGCCAACUGGGCGACCCCACGCAGCCAUUUUUGAUUGCAAAUGAAACCCGUGGGAAGGCAUGUCAGGUUAGAAUUUUUCGUUGUUUGUUGUACCUUCUCCAAAAAUCAUCUGCGGGUGCGCCAUUAAUUCCUCAGCUCCCGCGAAUAGUGACCCUUCUCAUUUCGAUCUGCGGCGACCCAAAAAUUGACUCUUCUAAAAAUAUCUCCCAAAAAAAGCAACUGGAGGAAAUGACGUGA